AUGUCUAGUAAUAAGAAGCUUGAUAUUUAUUUUGCCCAUGAAGUUACCAAACUAGAGACUUCGAAAGAAUUAAAGAAAGCACUGAGUGAUAAACUUAGUUUAUCAACCAAAAAUGCUAUGGCCAAAAUAUAUCAAGCAAUGACAAACGAAGCUCUCAAAAACCUCAACGGCCUUCAAGAUAAACUACUUGAUUUACAUAACUCAUCAGAAACCAAUAGCAAAUUGAGUCAAGAAUGAAGCAAAAAGAUCUGAAUCCCCAAAAAGGUAGUUAAAUUACCGGAAUUAAAAUAUUCAAAAGAAUAUGAAGAAAAGAAAAACAAAGAAGCCCAAGAAUUCACUAGAAAACUGCAAGAAGAACAAAUUGAGAGAGUAAAGAGGCAAGAAAAAUAUUGAAAAGAAUUAGAAGAAAGGAUGAAAGAAGAGGAAGAGCUUAAGAAAAAGCAAGAAGAAAUUAACGAAGAAAAAAUUAAAGAAGAAAUUCGAGAUAAAAAGAUCCAAGAGCUAUACGAAAAGAGUGAUAGAAGAAAGCAGCUAUUAGAAAAACAGAAAAAUGAAAUGAGUCCAAUUCCUCAUAUGAAGCCGUUGUACAAAAAACUCGAAGAAGAAUUCGAGUUAAAAUGCAAACUUAAUAAAGAAAUCAAAAGUAAGGAGCUUGAAGAAAGAAAAAAGCAUUGGUAUAGCCCUUCCGACUAUGAGAGAACGAACGAGUAUUUGAAAAAACAAACACCGAAAGAAGAUGACUUUGCAAACUCAAAAAAAUCUGAGUCUAUAAAUGAUCUGCACAAUUUAAAUGAUUAUAAACUGCAUGAAUAUCUAGAAAAUGAGAAAAAAGAAAAGCAAAAAUAUUUAGAGCAUCUUCAGGAAAAAAAAUUGCUACUGCAGAAAAGAAAUCAAUAUGGGAAAUACAUCAAAGAAACUCAUCAGCCUUCAAUUGAUAAUUUAAAACGCCAUGAAAUGGAACUGAUAAAAGAAAGACUCGCGAUGCCUGUUAAGAAAAAAAUCCAGUCAUCAACACCUUCAUUGCAGCAUUUUUCAAUGAAAUAUCGAGCAAAAACAACAAAACAAAAGUCUGCCAGGAUAGAAACCCCAGGAAUCGACAGCUCUCAAGAAAAUUCAAAGAAAAAUAAAUCAUCAAAUCCUAUGUAUUUGGAAGAAAGAAGAAAAAUCCGUGAAAAGCUUGCUAAAAAUAUCAAUCACAAUGUAAGUAAAAGCUUCGAUUUUCUCGGAAAAGACCUGGUAGCCGCGGACAAUUCGUCAGCCCACAAUUAUGCAAAAGAGCUUGAGUUCAAAGCAUUUAAACAAGAAAAUUUAAUAAAAUACCUAGAUCCUCUGAAUGUUAGCUCAAUUCAAGCUGAGGAGAACGUCAAUGAUAUGAUAAUCCGGAGCAUUAGGACAAAAUUGUCACUACUUUCAUAG